AGAAGGUGUCAAAGUAAAACAGCUGCAUAUCUUCCAAGAAAAGCUCGUGUUUUCCAAAGGAAUUCAAGCGGAGGUGCUUUAUUAAGAGAACUAGUCAGGACAAACAUUCACAUGGCAAACUCGGCUGUUCAGUUACUUGGCUUCUCUCUAAGCCUUCUUGGCCUAAUUGGGACAUUAAUUGCUACUAUUCUGCCACACUGGUGGCGAACAGCACAUGUAGGCACCAAUAUUAUAACAGCUGUGGCCUAUAUGAAAGGGCUUUGGAUGGAGUGUGUCUGGCACAGCACCGGCGUCUACCAGUGCCAAGUUCACCGCUCCCAGCUGGCGCUGCCCCGUGACCUCCAAGCCGCCCGUGCCAUGAUGGUAAUUUCCUGCGUCCUUUCCGCGCUGGCAUGCGUGAUUGCUGUCAUCGGUAUGAAGUGCACGCAGUGUGCCAAGGAGACUUCUGCCAAAGACUCCAUCGCGGUCUCUGGGGGGAUUGUUUUCAUCCUGGCCGGUCUCAUUUGCCUGGUACCUGUUUCUUGGACUACCAAUGACGUCGUUACAGAGUUCUACAACCCCAUCCUUCCCAGCGGGAUGAAGUAUGAGAUGGGUCAAGCUCUUUACCUUGGCUUCGUCUCCGCUUCUUUGACGAUCCUCGGUGGUUCACUGCUGUGCACAUCAAGCCAGUGUCGCGGGAACGAGACACCUUACCAGACGCAGCCCAGCAGCGCAAGAAGGACUGCUCCCUCCUAUAGACCACCAACUGUCUACAAGGGAAACCAUGCUUCUUCCCUGACAUCUGCUUCCCAUAGUGGCUACAGAUUAAAUGACUACGUGUGAGUUCCCUAAGAUUUGCCUGCAGGACACAGCUGCUUUAUAAUUUCUGUGCAUGGCAUAAAAAAAAGCUAUGAUAACUUUUAAUUUAUAAGGGUUACAAUACAAAGUUUACCAUUGUUCAUUUCUUCCUUUCCUGUCUUUUUGGAGAAAGAAAGAAUGCAAACGCAAAACUACUUGCUGUAAAACCUGGAAAAUAAAUAUAAAGGAGGCUGUGAGGUUCCAGAGACAGCACAUACCUGCCUACUUUCAAUUAGACUUUUGCAGGCAGGCAGUUCAAGGGCAGUUUUGCUAAAAGUAAUGGUUUGGUUUGUAGUUUCUGCCCCGCGACAAGCACUAAAGCGGAACUGGCCACAACUUGUUGUUCGAACAGUGCUCCAACAAAAGACGCCGUUUUGCCUAAAACGGAGGACUUACUUCAUGGUGAGACACAGUGAUUUUCAGCAGUGAUUGCUGGCUAAGUUUCUCAUUUCCAUAAUGCAUGAAUAUUCCAUUAUGACGAAGUAUUAGUUUUGCUUUGACUUAACUUUUUGGGUUUUUUUUAUAGUCCCUUGAAAUAUGAAUUUCAAUAGCAUUAUGACAGGUGUAUUUGACAGUAUGUUAUAACCAAUAUUUUAAAUUAUACU